CUCUCCCUCCCCCUCUCUCUCUAUCUCUCUCUCCACCUUUUAGUAUACUCGUUUUGACCGCCCACCUAAUCGGACACGGGGGGGGGGGGGGCGUUGAAACGGCAUCGUAACCUUUAGGUGUACUCCUUCCCCUUCCCCGGAGGUUCUCAUAAUUAAUCUGUCGUUGAUACCACCCACUCUCUCACCAAAAAAAACUACCAAAUUUUGAUCAGAUCGGAUAAAUCUCUCUCUCUCUCUCUCUCUCUCUCGUGCACAAUUUACACAAUCUUUGUGGUUUAGUUUUAAUUUUUCAGUCCAAUUGGCUAUCGAUUUAUGAUAUUUAGGGGCUUCGUCAGCUAGAGAUUUUUUAUGUUUUGGCUGAUCAAAUUUGACGAAUUUUUUCGCUCUGUAUUGUUACAUUUCUACAUCAAGAAGGGUUUGUGAUAUUGGGAGAUAUGGCUUCGAAUUUCGAUCGGUGGGAGAAAGAUCCUUUCUUCUCUGCUGCAGAAGAAGUUCAGGAAUCUGCUGAUAGGAUGGAAUCAAGUUAUAGAACAUGGAUUCAUGCAAAAAAGGACACUUCCGGUACUUGGAAUUCCGAAGAACUUCGGAGGGACCUACAGACUGCCCUUGGCACUUGUAAAUGGCAGUUGGACGAAUUUGAACGAGCAGUAAGGUCAAGUUAUACUGAUAGCUCAACUGAUGAUGCAAAAAACAGGCAUCGCGAAUUCAUUGUAGCAAUUGAGAGCCAGAUUUCAAGAGUCCAAAAUUCUUUACAAGAGUCAUCUGUUUCAGCAGGCAAGCCACCUCUCCCAUGGGUGCGCUUGGAAGAGGGAGAAAGCGAUGAGCUUGCAUUGUUUCUUUCGGGACCAUCUGCUUCCAGGGACAAAAAUACCCUGAAAGUUCAUGUCCAGAAUCUACAAAAAUUGAACCAACAUGAGACUGAUGAACAAAUGGCACCUGAGCAUACGAAGAAUUUAACUCACUUUGUGGAGAGGAAGGCCAGGGAGGAGAAGUUUCCUGGCCAUCGAAGGACAGCAAGUGCUAGUGCUGACAUUGGUGCGUGGAAAAUAGCAGUCACUGAUGAUGCUUUCCCACAGGGUUCUACCAAUGUACAGCCUGAGCCAACUCCACGAAAGGUUCCAAGUUUUUCGGGGUUCCUAUAUACCAUGGAGUCUGCGUCGAAAUUGAAGUGGCCAAAGAAUGGUUACAGGAAGUUGAAGCUUCCAGAUCGCCAAGAAGCUAAUGCUUCACUACCCAAAUCUCAGCAUUUGACUAGAGGCAUUAAUGCAUGCUAUGAAAGAGGUAAAAGCUGCCUCGAGGGUUGUGAUAACAAGCAACUGUAUGGUUGGUAUGGAGCCAUUCAGAGACAGCUUCAAAGGUCUCAGUACCACAUGCAAUAUGGUCGACCAAUACAAGUGGUUGUUUGGACGGUUCUCCUACUAUGCUUGAUUGUUUUAUUUGUAUUUCGUGCAAUCUGAGGAGGCACAAUAGAUUCUUUAUGCAGCAUUUGGAAUCAAUAAUGGUAUAUGGAGUUGAAUAGUUCAAAAAACACAAAUUUGCUGAGAAUUGUUUCCGCUGUUACCUGAUGGAGGUAGGUGUGAUUUUCUUCCACUUUUGUUCGAUAUUAUGUCAAACUUUGUAAGUUGGUGCUUAGAAUUGCACCACAAAUGCUUAGUAUUUGGCAUCCCAAAGAAAACAGAGAGAGAAUAGAUUUGUGCCAGAUGCCAGAUCUUGUAAUAUAUAGUAUGUUGUAGUUGUAAUUGUAAUUAAUAGCGCAGGUAUAACCCUUAAAUUUUUUCUCUUAGUCUCCUCCUCUCUUCUAGUAAUUUCCCUUUUUUUUUUUUUGAACUUU